GGUGCCGAAUCUCAACACUCCAACCUGGUAAUCAUCCUGCUCAUGACUACAGGGUGUCUGGGUCAGGACAACUGGAGUGUGACUUACACCCCCAGGAAAGUCUGCUCCUUAGAGGGCUCUUCUGUGACCAUGCCCUGCUCUUACACAUUUCCCAAGGGUCACAAAGUCACAACAGCUUUCUGGUUCAAAGGUCAAGUGCCUGGUGCUGAGUCUCUGGAUCUGAAUUUGAACCCUGAGUACAAAGGUCGUGUGGAGUAUCUAGGGGACAGUAAUCAACUCUGUACACUGAGAAUCACAGACCUGAGAGAGAGCGAUUCAGGAACCUACAGCUUCCUGUUUGGGACUGACGUCAAUCCUGGGGGGUGGUUGGGGAAUCCAGGAGUCAGGUUAAAUGUGACAGGGCUCCAAGUUGAUUUGACCCCUGACCUAGCUUUGGACGGUGAGUGGGCAGACCUCACCUGUGGCUCCUGCUUCUUGAGUGAAAAUCCCACCUACACCUGGUACAGGGACAAACAGCGUUUGAACUACACCAACAAGGUCAAGGUUAUGGCCAACUACCUGGAACUAGACCCGGUAGGCAGGGAGGAUGCAGGCAGCUACUCCUGUGCGGUGAGCGGCAGAGAGGAUUCCCCCGGUCCGGCAGUGAUCCUUGUAGUGGGAU